CGCGCCGACUUCCUGGUUGGAACAGAACCAAAAUGGCGACCGUGAGCGGUCAGCUGUGGGUACAGGUCUGUCUUCUAGUCUUUCUCACCGCCGUCCAGAUAUUAGCAGGGCGAGACUUUUAUAAAAUUCUGGGUGUGCCCAAAGAUGCGUCGACAAACCAGAUCAAGCGGGCGUACAGAAAACUGGCCAUGCAGUAUCAUCCUGACAAGAACCCCGACGACCCAGAGGCAGACGAAAAAUUCCACGACAUUGGAGCAGCAUACGAGGUGUUAUCAGACGCAGACAAACGGAAGACAUAUGACAGACACGGAGAGGAGGGUCUGAAGGAGGGGUCCAACUUUGACCCUUUUGGAAGCUUCUCCAGCUUCUUUGGUGACUUCGGGUUCAGUUUUGGUGGUGGAGGUCGUCGGGGUCACGACCACCAGGAUAUCCCCAAGGGUGGGGACGUGUUGGUGGACUUAGAGGUCACGUUAGAGGAGUUGUACACGGGCAAUUUUGUAGAGAUAAUCAGGUAUAAGCCUGUUGCCAGGACGACCAAAGGCGUGCGGAAGUGUAACUGUCGGCAGGAGAUGAAGACCACACAGCUGGGGCCGGGCAGGUUCCAGAUGAUGCAGGAGACGGUGUGUGACGAGUGUCCCGCUGUUAAAAUGGUGACAGAAGAGAAGAUCCUGGAGGUUGAGAUUGAACAGGGCAUGAGGGACGGACAUGAGUACCCUUUCCUGUCUGAAGGUGAGCCACACAUAGAUGGAGAACCAGGAGACCUGAAAUUCCGCAUCAUUCAGCUCAAACAUGAUAAGUUUGAGAGGAGAGGAGAUGACCUGUACACAAACGUGACCAUCUCCCUGGAGGACGCUCUCACAGGGUUUGAGAUGGACAUCCAGCAUCUGGAUGGACACAUGGUUCAUAUAGUUCGGGACAAAGUCACGUGGCCAGGCUCCAAAAUACGGAAAAAGGAGGAAGGCAUGCCGAACUACGAGAACAACAACAACAGAGGCGUGCUAGUCAUCACGUUUGACGUGGAGUUUCCCAAAGGCAGUAUAUCAGAUGAGAACAAGGAGGCUCUAAGGAAAGUUUUACAGCAGGGUUCUUCACAGACAGUGUACAACGGGCUACAGGGGUACUAGGGUAGUGGUGGGGAGGGGGGCAGCUGUAGGGACUAGCUUUCAAACUUUGGGACAAUUUUGAAAUGUACAUGAUCACUACAAAGAAAUUUGCCAUGGUACUAGUAUAUCAUAGAGUCAUUAUGUACACAUGUAAAUUUGUACAACUUUGAAUAUAAGAUACAGUACUGCGUGACAUUACUACUAGAUGUACAGUGAUUUUCCUACUGUAACAGUAACUAGUACAAUGUACAUUGGUAGUGUCACUUGACUACUAUACUUAGAAAGAUCACAGUAAUACUUAAAAAGCCACAACCUGGAAGAGCUGGUGAAGAAAUAUUUUUUCUUUAAUUUACAAAAAAAGUACUUUAUGGUGUCUUUUAUAAGGAUGCCCACAAAAUUAUGGCAGAAUACAGUAUAGCAUCAGAGAAUGAACAGUCACUUUCAUUGACCUUUGGCUCUACUACAUGUAUCUUUUGGGUGCAGAAAUCAAACCUUUCACAGAUGCCAGCCAGAGGUAGCACAGUAAUGUACUAGUACUUUUUUUGCAAUUUUAUCAUAUUUAUACUUGCCAUGGAUAGUCUGGAUCUGUUUUGCUACAUUUCAUGACCUUUAAUUUCAAAAUGGCUGAAGGUCGAUGAAGUGUUCUGUUGAAAUAUAACAAAUUCAAUGUUGGUACCAUUUGUUUAAUAUAAACUGAUAGGCUGUCCACUGCCACUUUGUGUAUCUCUUGAUGAUAUUAAUGGAAUUCCAUAAGUUCCUUCACAAUCUUAAAUUUUUCUAUUGGUCCAGUAGAAUCAGUCUGGUACACUUUACCAAAUAUUUGUAAAGACUUAGUCUAGUCUGAACAUUCAAUGAUUGACAUCAUCUGUGAAAGUUUAUUAGUGGCCUGUGAACAAGUCAAAAAGGAUCUGUGAUUUGUACAUCUCAGAUUCGGUACCCUACUCUAUGGACACAACUUUGUAUUGAAGAAUUUAGAAGAAUUUUAGGAAUGGAUAUUGGGAAGGAAUCUAGGAGGAAACUUAGAAUCAUAAAGAAAUAAUUUGCCUAAAUUUCUGCACAUAAAAUUGUAAGAGCUGGACAUAUAAGAUACUGUCUAUAUAUCUGUCAGUCACAAUGUCAACACAAUGAUUCUUUCUGUUCUGUUUCUUAAUAGCAAAACUCAGGCAAGCCUAUGGUGAAAUGUACCAGAAAAUUCUUGACAUUAGCAAUAUUUAUUGUUAAAGAGUAUUUGAUUUUGACUGUGUUAUGUUUGUGUAAUAGUCACAUUCCAUGUAUGGUGUAGGAAGCAGACAAGAAUUGUACAGCAAUAUGUUGAUGAUUAUAUUGUUUUUGUCCAAAGAACAGCAAAAUUUGCAUGAAGAGUCUUCAGAUGCAUGUGAUAAAAUGGGUAUAUUGUGUUA